AUGACGGCUGCUGCUGCUGUUUCUGUACCUCGUGGUCGCCCGGUGAGUGGUCGUGUAUGGAAGAAAGUGCAGAAAACGCGCUUUUCAGCGCAGGGAGUCAAGAGCGCAAAGGUGUUGAACUCGACGUGGGAGGAAAAAAUGCUCAAACGCUCCAAGCUUAAAGAAUUGAAAGAAUUACAGACGGAAAUUAAAGCACGACGACAAGCAGAGCGUGAUGCAAAGCGUCAGGCACGUGAGGAGAAGGAAAAACGUCGGAAAGAGAAUGAACUCAAAUCAGCUGCUGUCCAAGUGAUCUCACGUACACAUCGACUCAAGACAAUGAGCAAGAAACAGCUACGGAACAUUAAAAAGACAAUUGUAAACAAACAGGGUGUGGUGGAAUACGUGCCCGUUUACUCCAAGUAG